GUAGGACGAAACAAGAGAGAGAGAGAGAGAGAGAGGGGGGGUAAAUUAAAGGAGGCUAGACCUGAAAGGGAGGAUAAUUGUUUCGUCCAAGGACCCUUUUAACCCUCAAUCAAUGCUCUACCAAACUACAGCCCUUUGCUCCUCUUUCAACCCUUCUUCAACCACUUCUUCCUCCUCCUCCUCUGUUUCUGUUACUGCUACUUCCUGUCCUCUGCCUCCUCACUUCCCCUUCUGUCCUUUACCUUCUCAGGCUCAGAUAAAACCAGAAAUGGAUUGCGUGGUGGCAAAAGCAUUGAAAGGCAGUUUCCGACCAGAGAUGGGCUUCAUGAAAUCAUCUCCGCAAGCGUUUCUUGAUGAGCCGUGGGUUGGAAAUGUACCGACGGUUGUUCCCGGCGACGAUUUAUUCGUCGACGACCUCCUCGACUUCCCCAACGACGAUGUUGAAGAGGGUCUUUCUCAAGGACUAGAAGGAGAGAAGCCCUGCCCCUCUGUUUCUUCUUCCCAAGGAGAACAAACCUUCCAUGAUAACUCCAACUCUGCUAGCUUUUCCUUUUCAGAACUCACCGUUCCGGCGGACGAUUUAGCAGACUUAGAAUGGUUAUCUCACUUCGUGGAAGAUUCUUUCCUGGAAUUCUCAGUACCAAAUCCAUCCUCCACUUCAAGCCCCACAAACAAAACGCAGAAUGGAAUCCAUAAGUUGCCUGAACCGGAAGCCGUAAAAGGUGCUUCGGUGAAACCUCCCAGUUUCUGUUUCCCAACGUUUGUUCCGUGUAAGGCCAGGAGCAAGCGUUCCAGAACGGGAGGGCGAACAUGGUCUCUGGGGUCGCUUUCGUUUACCGAGUCGUCUUGCACAUCUUCUUCAUCGACGACGACGACGACUUCGUCAUCGUCCUCCUCCACGUCACUCCUUACCUUCUCGGAAAGCGGCCACAACGUGGACUUUUUGUAUUACCUAGGGAAGCCGCCAGCGAAGAAACAGAAGAAAAAGAGGAAAUUGGUGGCGGAGGCCACUGGAAGCCAGCAUCACCACCAGCAACAACCACAAGCUCCAAGGAGGUGUAGCCAUUGCCUUGUGCAGAAGACACCGCAGUGGAGAACAGGUCCUUUGGGGGCCAAAACACUCUGUAACGCAUGCGGUGUUCGCUAUAAAUCAGGUCGCCUGUUGCCGGAGUAUCGUCCAGCUUGUAGUCCGACUUUCUCCGGCGACAUUCAUUCUAAUAGCCACCGCAAAGUUUUGGAGAUGCGGCGGAAGAAAGAGUCGGACUUUGCUGGAAUCCCGCUCUCGUUAGCUCCGGCUGUUCAGAGCUGCUGAGUUUCACGCUUCAGGUCGGACAGAGGAAAACCUAGACUAGACGGUCUAUGAUUCCGGUUGAGCCGUACCGACCGGGGUAACGGUUCAGAUGUAAAUUUUAAGUAGUGGGUGGGUGGGUGAGACUUUGGAGUAGAUUAAUAGGUGUUUUUUUGUAGGGGGUUUCAGUGUAGGUAGGCAGCGUUUUUUGGUAGAAGGUAGGUUUAGUGUUAGUGACCCCCCUCCCCCUUUUUUUUAAUUAUUUAUUUGAAGGCGACAUAUUGUUUGUCACAAGGGUUUGUAAUUUUUUUUUUUUACAAGAAAUCUAUUCUACAAUCUUUGAUAGAAAA